AUGGGUUGGGUGCACAAUGUACCAGGCGACACUUUGACGGAGGGGCCGAAGAUCGUAGCAGUCGGGGCUGUCUUGACAGGACUAUCUCUGUGUUUCGUAUGCCUUCGAGGCUACGUCAGGGGUUGGCUUGUUCGCAAUGUCGGAAUUGGUAUGGCUACCCCCUGGGCUAACUCCCCUGGACGCGACCUUGGUGCUGACAAUGGAUCUCUCAUCAGACGAUUGGAUUAUAUUCGCUACUUGGAAACCACGUGGGGCCUAGGGAUGGAAGAUGUCGAAGAUAUGCCGGAUCAAAAUGCCCGUAUCUCUGCAAUGCUGGAUUAUGCGAGCUGGCCCUUAUAUAUUCUUAGCGUCCUCGGAUUCAAACUGAGUCUGCUCUGUUCAUACCUUCGAUUCGUUCACCAAGGACAGCCCAUGUGCAUAAAAGGCAUAACGUGCGUGUUGGUCACCACCACACUCUUCCACUUGUCGUGUCUAGUGGUCCAGCUAAAUAUUUGCCAUCCGGUUGCGAGGCACUGGGAUCCGAAUAUCCCUGGCCAAUGCAUAAACGUGAUUCCAUUCUAUAUGGCUUCAUCAGCAUUAACAAUUGUCUUUGACUUUAACGUUAUGUUUCUUCCAUUCCCAAUCCUCAUCAAAACCAAGAUCAAAACGCGCCGGAAGGUCAUGGUUCUUGGCCUCUUUGCCAUUGGCUUCUUUAUUACCGCCAUUCAAAUUAUCCGCAUUCAAUGUGUCAAGGACCUUUCUCCUAGUCAUCCCAACAAUGCGCCUCUACUGUUAUGGUCGAUAAUAGAGGUAAAUCUGGGUAUAAUGGUCGCAUGUGUACCCGUAUUUCCACCUCUAUUCAAGCAGAAACGUAAGGGAUCCAGCAAGGGCACAUCAGUGUCGUCUGCGCCGUUAUCGCCGCGGGGGAGUGGUAAUUGCCCCUGCAACAUGGCUAACAUCCGGAGGUUUACGAAAGCCCGCCUUCCUUCUGAGGACGAGACAUUUGAUUUGGGGAACAAUGCAAGAUAUUUGGCGCGCACGGAUGGAUGCGAGGUUAUUCCGCCUGGGAAGAGCCAAAUCAUGAGGGAGACAGAUAUUGUGGUUGUUGAACAGGCUGCCCCUACCCACACAGGAUAUUCUCGCGGAAUGGGACACGAGGAUACUCAGAUAGCGGAUUUCGAGUGCUGGGCGACAAGGACUCACGUCGGCUUCGGGGAUAGAUAUCCAUCAAGUGAUUGGUUCGAGUCUAGGCCCGGAUAA